ACUCUGUGAAUCUACAGCAGCUAAUUAUAUUUAGAUGGAGAAACAUGAAGUUGCUCGUCCCAUUAGCACCAUUCUCGAUGGAACUAAUUAUAUCACUUGGGCCCACCAAAUGAGGAGUUUUUUGAUAGGUCGAAAACUGUGGCGCAUCGUUACUGGAGAUAUCACUAAACCAGUCAAACCUACUCCUCUGAUGGACACCACUGAAAAUAUUGAUACAGACCCAUCUGAUGUCACUGUUCAAGAGACGACUGCAGAAACCGACAAAUACAUUGAACGUCUUGAGGAUUGGGAUAGCAAAAACCAUCAGAUCAUUACUUGGUUAGGUAACACCUCUAUUCCAGCCAUUCACACACAAUUUGAUGCAUUUGAUACGGCAAAAGAACUCUGGGAUUUUCUGUCCACACGUUUUCAGUCUAUUGGACUUGCUCACUAUUACCAAUUGCACUCUCGACUUGUUAGUCUAAAUCAGGAGGGAGGACAAUCUGUGAACGAGUAUCUUGCAACUCUUCAACCAAUAUGGACUCAGUUAGAUCAAGCAAAAAUCAAUCCGGAGCAUAUUCGCCUCAUCAAAGUUCUUAUGGGUCUUCGCCCAGAGUAUGAAUCAGUCCGUGCCGCAUUGUUACAUCGUAACCCUCUGCCGAGUCUUGAUGCUGCCAUACAAGAAAUCUUAUUUGAGGAAAACCGCCUUGGCAUUGUUUCCUCUCUGCCAUCUGAUGUCGCUCUUGCAACCACCCAUUCACGAUCGGCUAAUGAGUCUAUUUUCUGCAAAAAUUGCAAACUUCAUGGUCAUAAGUUUGCUAAUUGUCCUACUAUUGAGUGCAGGUAUUGCCACAAACGAGGUCAUAUCUUGGACAACUGUCCCACCCGUCCACCCCGUCCUCCUGGUGCUCCAUAUAAACCCAAGUCCUCCACUAAAUACAGUUCUCCACCUAUUGUUGCUGCUGCUACCCCAUCUGAUAUCACCACACCUCAGAAUUUUCAGUUAAAUGAUCUUCAUGACUUACUGAAACAGGUGAUCUCUUCCAACUCUACUGCUCUUGCCGUCACUCCAGGUUCAGGAUUCUCAAACGGGGCAAGUGAUUGGUACGGGACGGAAGGUGGGACGAUUAUUUGAGCUUACAUAUCUUCAGCAAUCUCCUGAGUUUCCACCUAUCUCUGCACCAGUCACUGAUACCUCUAUAUAUCAGUGGCACCUUCGUCUAGGUCAUGCAUCCUCUGAUAAACUUCGUAAUUUAGUUUCUACUGGUAAUUUGAAUAAUGUCUCAAAAUUCAGUCAUUUUGAUUGCUUAAAUUGCAAACUUGCAAAACAACCUGCUUUAUCAUUUCCUAAUUCCACCUCUCUAUGUAAUAAGCCUUUUGACCUUAUUCAUUCUGACAUUUGGGGUCCUGCUCCUUGUACUACCGUUAAUGGUUAUCGAUACUUUGUCUUAUUUAUUGAUGACUAUUCUCGUUUUACUUGGAUUUACUUUCUUAAAAAUCGUUCUUCCUUAUAUCAAAUAUAUGUUGAUUUUGCAAAUAUGAUUCACACUCAAUUCUCCAGCAAAAUUAAAAUCUUUCGAACUGAUAAUGCGAUGGAAUAUAAGGACUCUCAACUUCUUUCCUUCCUUGCCCAGCAAGGCACUCUGAUUCAACGCUCCUGUCCUCACACCUCUCAGCAAAAUGGAAGAGCUGAACGCAAACAUCGUCACAUUCUUGACUCUGUUCGUGCUCAGCUUCUAUCUGCUGCUUGUCCAGAAAAAUUCUGGGGCGAAGCUGCCCUCACCUCUGUCUAUGUCAUCAAUCGUCUUCCUUCAAAAGUCACUAAAAAUGUUUCUCCCUUUGAAAGACUAUACGGUACUUCCCCUUCUUACUCCAAUCUAAAAAUUUUUGGUUGUGCA